AUUAAACCGGGAGACAGUCAGGCAGCGCUUGAAGUGCCACAUCACGCAAAAGCGCACAAACACACACACAGACACACACACACUGUGUGGAAUAAUAACUACGGAUGGCUUCAAAGGUGGUGGUAUUUCUACAUGCACUGGUCGCAUCUGUAUGGUGUGCCCCUCCAAGACGAUGCGAACCCGGAGCAGAGAUUAUGGGGUGGUGCAAGGCGUCGGUGGCGGAGAAACCCAGGUGCAGUGAGGUGUUGCUAGGUUACUGCGAUGACAUGCCGUACAGCUACACCGUCUUCCCCAACCUGGUGGGCCACCGUCACCGCGGCGACGUGGAGUCCAGCGUGGAGUACCUGCUACUGAGCGUGCUCCGAUCGCUCCUCAACGGAGAGUGCUCCCCCGACCUCAGGAUGCUGGGGUGCUCGGUGCUGGCCCCUGGCUGUGACUCAGCGAGUGGUCGUGCGAAGCGUCCGUGUCGUCACGUGUGUGAGGCGGCCAGACGUCGGUGCUCGCACGCCUUCGCUACCAUCCGCAUGAACUGGCCCUACUUCCUGGACUGUGACCGGUUCUUCGUCAGCGAACAGGAGGGGUGCUACGACCCACUGGAAGGACUGAGAGGUGAGGAGACUCCAGAGAUGCUAGCGGCUAGCGUAGCGCCCCAGGAGCCGGCCACCAUCCUGCAGUUUGUGUACCACACACAUUCCCAGCUGGUGAACACACUGAAGCGCACGGCGGCCCGCUGUCCCGACAUCGCACAAACACACUCCAUCGGGCGCAGCAGUGAGGGAAAGGAGUUGCUCGUCAUUGAGUUCUCCAACAACCCUGGACAGCACGAACUAUUGGAGCCCGAGGUGAAAUACAUCGGCAACAUGCACGGUAACGAGGCGGUGGGCCGGGAGCUGCUGAUCUAUCUGGCCCAGUACCUGUGCUCCGAGUACCUGCUGGGUAACGCGCGCGUCCAGACCCUGAUCAACACCACGCGCAUACACCUGCUGCCCUCCAUGAACCCAGACGGCUACGAGAUCGCCAGCGCAGAGACACAGGUCGGAGGAGGCGGGGACUACGAUGAGGAUGCCAGGUUCGAGGGCUAUGCAACAGGGCGGGGCAACGGCCAGAACAUCGAUCUGAAUCGGAACUUUCCAGAUCUGACGUCUAUCGUCUACAACCGCCGCCGGCAAAGAUUCCACCGCACUGACCACAUCCCCAUCCCUGACCACUACUGGUUUGGUAAGACGGUGGCCCCUGAGACCUAUGCUGUGAUGAAGUGGAUGCGCUCCAUUCCGUUCGUGCUGUCUGCCAGUCUUCACGGAGGAGACCUGUUGGUGUCCUACCCCUACGACCUGUCAAAAGACCCCCAAGAGGCCAACCUACACUCACCAACACCUGACGAGCAGAUCUUUAAGCAGCUGGCGCGUGUGUAUGCAGACUCCCAUAAGUCGAUGGCUAAUAAUUACAGCGACCCCUGUGGCAGCGACUUCAUGGGCUUGGGGGUGGGCUCAGAAGGCAUCAUCAACGGGGCCCAGUGGUACAGCAUCAGAGGAGGCAUGGCGGACUUCAACUAUCUCCACACCAACUGCUUUGAGCUGACGGUGGAACUGGGCUGUGACAAAUUCCCACCAGAGGAGCAUCUCUACCGCGAUUGGCUGGACAACAAGGAAGCCCUGCUCAGCUUCCUGGAAGCCGUGCAUCGUGGCAUCAAGGGCAUUGUGAAGGACGAGGAAGGCGUGGGAAUCAAGGGGGCCAUCGUCUCCGUCAAAGGAAUACGCCACGACAUCAGCACAGCUGAUCAGGGUGACUAUUGGCGUCUGCUGACUCCAGGCAUCCACAUAGUAACAGCGUGGGCUCCUGGCUUCCUCCGCUCCAUAAAGAAGGUGUACCUGCCCGCUCGGAUGCAGAAGGCCGGUCGCGUGGACUUCGUCCUGAAGAUGGCGCCACUGGAGGCCGAGGAGGACGAUGCCACUGCUGACCUCUCCUUCCUCUACGGUCCAGCCAUCCCUGCAGCGUACGAGCGCUUCGACCCGUACAACCAGUUCGCCCGCUACAGUGUGCGCUCCACGGGCGAGAGGGGCCUCGAGCGCCAGGAGAACCCCUGGUGGUUCUCCUACUUUGCCCGUUCCACGGGCACAGCGCCCAACUGGCUGCUCAAAAUAGAUUAGUGCACCAGCGCACUCCUGGCUGCAGGGAGGUGUCAUUGCAGAUUCCAAAUGGCCUAUUAGAGUUAUCGCAAAUUAGUCUUCACACUCCAAAACCUUAUAUUUGUCAGUGAAGGGCAACCAGGCUGAAAACCCAGGGCAAUGUACUGCAUCUGCUCCAUCUAACACAUUCCCAGCUUCAGUGCUUUGUAGUUCAGUAAUAAAAAUAUCCAUUGUCAAUCCUAGAAUCGGAAAGCAAAAAAAACCCAAAAUCUCGACAUGUUUACUUUCUAACAGGUAGGCCCUAGGGAUAAAUGCGUAGAACAGUAGUAAAAUGGAGAGAGGGGUGUUUCAUUUAUUCUAAAAUUAAAUGAUAUAAUUAUAUACAUUGUAUAUUAUCAUUUUGUGUAAGUAAGACUACGUGCCACUGGACCGGAGCACAUGGGGGAGCCCAGGUUGCCCUUCACUGCUGUAAGCUUUUGCACUCUCAUAGUUUGUCAAUAUAAGGAGAAUCAGCAUUUAAAACAUGAGGCUGUGUGUGUGUGUGUGUGUGUCUGUGCGUGCGUGUGUGUGUGAGAGAGAGAGAGGGGGAGAGAGAGAGAGAGAGAGAGAGAGAGAGAGAGAGAGAGAGAAAUUUUGAGUGUGCGUGUGCAUGUCUGCCUCGUGUGUGUGUGUGUGUGUGUGUGUGUGUGUGUGUGUGUGUGUGUGUGUGUGUGUGUGUGUGUGUGUGUGUGUGUGUGUGUGUGUGUGUGUGUGUGUGUGUGUCUGUGUACAUUGAUAAGGUCACAUCUGCUGCAUAAUAGUCUCAGAUUGAGUUGUCAUGCU